AUGCGCCUCUUCAACGCAACAACCCUCCAACUAACCGACUUCCUCGGCGAGGCCAUCCCCCCCUACGCCAUCCUCUCCCACCGCUGGCAAGCCGAAGAAGUCCUCUUCCAAGACAUCCUCUCCGGCGCCGCACCAAGCAAGAAAGGCUACGGGAAGAUCACGCAGUGCUGCGCACAGGCGCUGCGCGAUAACCUGGCCUACAUCUGGGUCGACACCUUCUGCAUCGACAAAACCAGCAGCGCCGAGCUCUCCGAAGCGCUGAACUCGAUGUACGAGUGGUACCAGAAGGCAGAGGUCUGCUACGCCUACCUGUGCGACGUUGCCGAGGCCUCGGGGACGGCCGGAGGAGGCUUCAGCGGCAGCGUGUGGUUCUCGCGCGGGUGGACGCUGCAGGAGCUCCUUGCGCCUGCGCGGGUGGAGUUCUUCGAUGCGGAGUGGCGGGCCCUCGGCUCAAAGGCUGAUUUGAAGGGUGUGAUUGCGGAUAUCACCGGGAUCCAUGAGGAGGUGUUGGAAGGGACGGUCAGGCCGCAGGAUCUGAGCAUCGCGCAGCGCAUGUCGUGGGCGUCGCAGCGGGUGACGACGAAGGUUGAGGAUGUGGCGUAUAGCCUGCUGGGACUGUUCGAGAUUAACAUGCCGAUGUUGUACGGCGAGGGCAAGCGGGCGUUCGUCCGACUGCAGGAGGAGAUUAUGAAGCAGGCGGAUGACCAGACGCUGUUUGCGUGGAAGAGUCCCGAUGGUACUACCUAUCGCGGGCUCCUGGCGCAGUCACCGGCGGAUUUCAGAGAGAGCGGGGGGUUCGUCCAGCCAGAGCAGAGGUUCAAUCGCAGUCCGUUCUCGGUGACCAAUAUGGGGAUUAGUAUCGAACUCGCUGUGGUGCACUGGACCAUGGACGUCUACCUCGCGGCGCUGGACUGCGAGACGCAGAGGGGAAAGAAACGAGUUGCGAUCUUCCUCGCUCCCCUGCCGCAAAACAAUCAAUACGCAAGGGUAAUGUGCGCCGGAGACGACCUGCCGGAGUUUCCGUCAAACUUGAAGUCUGAAUAUCGCAAGGUCUACGUGAGACAGAGAAUCUCAGGGACACCGAAGCCCCCGGACCGAAUGUACGGGUUCUGGCUCCGUCAGUUUCCCCCCGUUUGGAAGGGCCCCCAUUCUCGAUUUGAGGUAACGGCGUACCACCCUUGGGACGAAAAGGAGCGCAAACUCUGCAUUCCUCCGGGGAAACGGGGGACCGCGGGAAUUAUCAGGUACUCCAUGCGAGAGGACUACGUUGUGAACCUUCGCGUCGGAUUUGACGACUUGCUCAACCCCGUCGUCCAGUUCGGUGGCUCCCUGAUGACGGACGCUCGGUGGAAAGCCCGAGAUCCCGAUGCCUUUGAGGUGCAGAUGGCGAAUGACUGGAUGGACGAACGGAGGGAGUGCGUUUUCGUCGGAGACAGGAAUUACGGACUCAACUUGAACGACGGAACAAUCAGGAUACUGGUCCUGGAGGAGGUCGUCAAGGGACAGCGGAUGUGGGUUGUCUAUAUUGCGAAGCCGGAACAUGGAGCCUGGCACAAGGACUGUGUCUGCGACGGAUGCCAGCUUACAGUAACGCAAGGGACACGCAUCCGGAUCACGACUUUGAAGAGGACAACCCUGUUUGGCAUGCUGCAGUGUACUGUGACUGGUGUGGUGAGGGCAUAUAUGGCAUUCGGUACAAAUGCCAAGACUGUGCAGACUUUGAUCUCUGCUGUUACUGUAUGA